UUAGAUUCAGGCUGAUCCUGUCGACGUGUCUGACUUUGGAGAUUUAAGUAUUAAAUGAAGGUCCGCUGUUGUGUCUAGUGGAUAAAUACGCUCUCUCUUGUCUCUUAUGACACACACUUAUGACAGUAAUGAACUGCACACGCCCAAACCAAGUAUGCAUCCGAGUUAUUCAGGCCAGGGCUUCACCCCUCACAACCCCCCGAUGUUUUAUACUGCCAUGUGAAAAAUUGCAAUCAUGUACAAAAAGAUAGUGGUUGCAAAAGAUGCACAAAUAAUGUUGCUAUCAGCGGCUGCAAUCUUUGUGAAUUCACCACUCAGUGUACAACUUAAAUUCAAUGAACUGAACAUGGAUAUGGUCAGUAAUACAAUGACGGCUGUCAGUACAGUAGGUAAUACGGUGCUCAAAAUGGUAAAUCUCUCUUACAGGGUGUCUUCUUUAAGGGACCUGGUGAGCAGGAAGUACCUCCACCUUAAAAAACACCCUCUGCUGAGUGGGGAGGGAAACAGUGCCAAGGAUGUGCUUUUUCUGUUCAAUGGGAUGGAGAAGAUGAAAGUGGACUUCAGAAUUGGAGCCACAGAGCUUUGCAGUGAUCCUAAUGAGGCUCUGUCUCCAGGGGUAGUAGUGGUCAACCUGCUGAGGAAAUACCUGCUGCCUGAGGAACACCACACUUCUCUGAUGUUGUAUGUAGUCCGUACACUUGGGAAACUGAGUUUGACGGUGUGACAUACAAGCGCACGUCCUUCUCAGAAAAGGAGCUGGAGCAGUGGAUAGGAGGGAAGACCAAGACGGAUGAGGAGCUACGACAGCUGACCAUGUUCAGGACCGAUGUGCUGGACUUUUUCUUGGCUCCUUGUGUAGAAAAUGGUAAACGUUUCUCACAGGAACCCAGCGAGAACAGUGAGAGGCGCUAUGUGUUUGCCGUCCCAGCCAUGCAGGAGUACCUGGCGGCUCUGUACGUGGUUCUAGGAGAGAACAAAUCUGCUCUUGAGAAGAUGACCAGGCAGGUGUCUGUGGCCAUCGGUCAGGCAAGUGAAGAUGUCAACGCCCUCGUCAAUAUCCUCUCUAAGUUCAUCCCCCUCCGGAUAUUUGCCGUGUUCAACCUCCUUAAGCUUUUUCCAAAACUCUAUGAGAAAAUUAGCAGUCGCAACAAAGGCAGCAUUGCCAGAACCAUGGCGGCUGAGAUGUUCCGCACCGAGGACAGCCACAACGAGGACGUCCUGGAUCAGGUGGAGCAGAGCCUCCUGGGAGUCCAUGGCCCGCAGCCAAAGCAGUGCAGUGAAGGCCAGCCAUUUGAGCUCUACCCCAUCUUCAUGGGUGGACUCCUGCAUUAUGGGAAUCGUGUCCUUCUCCAGCAGCUUGGCUGUAGCAUUCAGAGCACCACUGUGGCCCAGAUCACACAGGCCCUGAGGAAGUAUCUAGUCAGAGAGCUCAGCAAGCCGCAGCCACCAGAGGAGCUGAUGGAUCUACUGGUCCUCCUGUAUGAGUUUCAGAACCCCAGACGGACUGCAGAGGUUCUGGCCUCGAUCAGAACCAUCCGCCUCAAAGACAUUCGUAUGACGCCACUCAAAUGCUUUGUACUGAGUUCUGUGCUCUCGUGCACUUCUGCAAGUCAUUACCUUGAAGAGCUGGACCUGUCCUCCUGUCUCCUGACUCACAACAUGCUUCAGAUACUGUUGCCUGCCUUCAGAAACACACAUAAACUCAAGUGAGACAAAACUGGAUUACAGUGAAUGUAAAAAUCUGGCUCUCUGAAAAGAAUUUUUGCAUUAUGCUGAAAAUGUACACAUUAUAGUACUAAGAAGUUACCAGGUUUAAUAUGAUAUUUUAUUUCUUACUUAAGCAUUCUACAUUGACCCAGAAACGAUUUGAAAAUAAUUUUGAGUUUGACUAUGUUUGAUGUGUGCACUUUUGGACUGUGGGGUUUUUGUUUGUGUGAAAGAAUAUUUUGGUCGACUCUAACAUAG